AUGCCCCCGCGGGACCUAAUCAUCAAUCUCCCCUCAACCUUGGUGAAUGUGUCAAUAAACAUGGCCAACCAGAAAUGGGACAGAUACAUGAGCGAGAUCGAACGACUAUAUAUCCACGAGAACCAAACGCUGGAAGACGUGAUGAGCUAUAUGGAAACUCAGCACUCGUGGAAGAAAAGCAAGGCAUCAUACACUAGACAACUCAACAAAUGGGGGUUUAGAAAACACUCCGAGUCCAGAGAUGAUGAAUGGAUCCUGAAACGAGUGGCCAAGCGGAAGCGAAACGGAAAGGAGAGUGAGGUCUUUAUAGAUGGAAUUCAGCUCCAUCCGAAGAAGAUCGCCAAGGCAAAAUACGGAAAGGGCUUCGUGUCAACCAUAUCGCAAUAUGCCCCUUCUCCAAAGACCCCCGAGGGUUAUCUCGUAACAACUCCGCAAACGACCGGCAUGUGCCUCUCUUGGAGCAGCUCUUUGCCCUGGCUGCGGUUCAUGAGCUUCCUUGAUCCCCCAACAGAAAAAGCACCUUCCUUGCCCUCCUCCUCUCUCUUCGUGGACUCAACGCGUUCAGGAAAUGUCACCAAAGACGCCAGUUUUGAGCUAAUGCGAUGCUUGAACUCGCUGGUACCCUGGAAUAAACACAAGCAUCUCGGGAACAUCUACAGUGGGUCACGUACAUUAGCAGCUCUGAGUAUUCUCAUGCCAGAAACGGAGCAAGGACAACUUGAUGGAUUGUCAACAAAUCUGAGUACCUUGAAAUCAGGGCUUAGAGAUCAUUUGAGUGUCGUGUUAUACCUCAUCUCAAAUAACCUAAUGCCCCCAGAUGAAGAUUUGUCCUUUGAAGAACAAAAGCAACGUGAUUCCAGAUUGAUUUUAAGUCUGCUCAAAGAUAGUGGCUGGGGUGAUCCGGAUCAUCUCAGAAUUUUGCUAUCAACCCGUGAGCCCACCGCCGAAUCUAUCGCAGAGAAAGUGUUUGAAAGUGCACUUUGGAUAGGUGACUUGGAUAUUGUUGAGAAUAUGCUCCGGUCUGGCAUGAGCGCGGAUGGGUUGAUUGAGGUAUUGACAGAAGCGGCCGACAUCUGGUUCUUGACUCCUUUGCAAUUUGCUGCUCAGGAGGGGAAUAUUCGCCUCACCAAUCUUCUGAUCAGGCACGGUGCUGACAUUGAACAUGGCCUUGCGAAUAAGGUGGGUAAAACUGCUCUGUAUUUUGCCAUUACAAGCGAAGACUUGGCGGUUGUUCGGGCGCUACUUCUGCAAGGUGCAAAAGUGACAAGAGAGUGUGCCCGUGCAGCGAUGGAAACCUGUUACUCUUAUCCGCAGGCACUUGAUCUGGUUAGGGAGAUAAUCGACAUAUACCUUGAGGAGCAUCUUGCAGCUGGACGCAAUGAUCCAGGUCUCGUUGUUCCAGCGGUGGAGUCGAAAAAUGCGUGGAUUGUUAAACAUUUCCUUGACAGAGGUGCAAAGCUGAAUGGAAGUAUCACGCCAUCAUACUACCUUGGUCAUGAAGGGCGGGAUAUCUGCUUGCUGGGCUUUGCAGUCAUGAAUAUGGAUGUUGAUAUUGUCCGACUUCUUACUGACUCUACUGUUGGCGCAAACGGACUUUGUUCCGGGCCGCAGUAUAUGUUCCCAUUAACCCUAGCAGCUAUGAAGGGCACAACUGAAAUAGCGCGAGUUCUACUUGACUCAGGCGCUGACGUCCGAGCUGCCGACAAGGGAGAAAAGACACUACUCGAGUAUGCCGCACGGAAGAGCAAUUUGAUUCUUUGCCAGAUGUUGAUCACGCAUGGGGCCAAGGUUGACAGAGAGCCAUGUGAUGCGCAAAAGUCGCCAUCAGCUCUCAUGACUGCAAUCCAGGAAGAUGAUAUGCUCAUCGUUGAGCUUUUGAUCAACUCAAACGCACGAUUGAAUGAUCGCUUCGAAGCCGCUCCAGGUAGCGUUCUUGCUGCCGCUCUCGAAGUUGGAAAUGAUGCGGUGAUCGACAAGUUGAUACAUGCCGGUGCUAGAUACGUUGGAGUUAAGAUGAAGAAAAUCGGGAAUUUGCAGACUGCCAUCCUAAUGAAAGAGAAGGGAGUAUUGGCAAAUGUCCUCUUUUCGUCCGGCCGUCAGAUUCUUGUAGCUGCUAUAUUAGCGGGACAUGAGAACUUAGCAUACUUUUUGCUCCAGAACGGCGCCCAUAAAGAGCACGACGCCCGGUAUCCCUUCUCCACCUCAGAUCCGAUAACCCCUCUAGAUGCGGCCACCAGAACAAAUAACAUAAGACUUAUACAGGCCCUUCUGGAGCAUGGUGUUGCGGUGACAGACUAUGCUCUCACAUAUGCGAUACAGAGGCAUAGUGGACUUUUAUCAAUUCUACUAAGAAGCUUUUCGGGGAGGGCCCCAACAGCGGUGGCAGCUGCGUUGAGAGAACCUUCAAUAGCCGCGUUAAAGUUACUUCGAGAGGCAAACGUGGACUUUACAGGAGCAUUUCGGCCACUUGCAGUUGGAUCGAGGCUUAACAGGUGGAGUCAAGUGUGGGAGGAUGAGGUCAAAUCCGUACUUGAAGUGGCGGUUGAUUGGGACGCCGAACGCUCUCAUUUCACAUUCCUUCUUGAGUGGGCAGCCGCGGCUGGGAUACCGUGGGAGCCAGAACUUGUGUCUCGUGCUUUGAUCAGGACAAUACUAUCGAACGAACAUGGCCGGCUGGCUGAGUUGAUGCAACUUGACUUUGAUCUAAGUUACGAUUAUUGGCUGGUUUCAGAGGAGUUUAGUUUUAAUCCUCUUCAAGCUGCCGUCAAAUCACAAUUGGUGUGGGUCGUUCGUGAGAUGCUGAUGAAAGGAGCCGAUGUCAAUUACUUGGGAUACGGUCCCAGAAGUCGUACGCCGUUACAACUCGCUGUUGAGAAUGGAAACAUGGAGAUAUUCAAUCUUCUCCUGCAUUACGGAGCAGAUGUUAAUGGUCCCGCAGCUGGGGAAGGUGGUGCGACCGCUUUACAGAUUGCGGCCAUACGUGGAUUCAUCGGCAUUGCUCAGAGACUGCUUGACCUCGGCGCGGAUGUCAAUGCAAAACCUGCAGUGAAAGACGGGCGCACGGCUUUAAUGGGUGCUGCCGAACACGGUCGAAUUGAUAUGUUGCACCUGCUGCUUGAUCGAGGAGCACUCAUUGUGGGAGAGCAUCGGUUCUAUUUUGAUGAAGCCGUGAGGCUGGCGAAAAAUAAUGGCCAUUAUGCCGCAUCAAGGCUCUUGAUUUCUUUUGAGGUCUCGCUUGUAGCAACCGGAGAUUUCGUCGAGGAUGGCGCUGAAUAUCCUGCUCAUGUCGCAGGGGUAAGUGGCCAUCCGCUGCAAAUGGCCCUUCGGAGACCUGCGUGA